AUGCUCUGCUCACGAUGCUCUGCUCACGAUGCUCUGCUCACGAUGCUCUGCUCACGAUCCUCUCCUCACAAUGCUCUGCUCACGAUGCUCUGCUCACGAUGCUAUGCUCACGAUGCUAUGCUCACGAUGCUCUGCUCACGAUGCUAUGCUCACGAUGCUAUGCUCACGAUGCUCUGCUCACGAUGCUCUGCUCACGAUGCUAUGCUCACGAUGCUAUGCUCACGAUGCUAUGCUCACGAUGCUAUGCUCACGAUGCUCUGCUCACGAUGCUCUGCUCACGAUGCUCUGCUCACGAUGCUCUGCUCACGAUGCUAUGCUCACGAUGCUAUGCUCACGAUGCUCUGCUCACGAUGCUCUGCUCACGAUGCUAUGCUCACGAUGCUAUGCUCACGAUGCUCUGCUCACGAUGCUCUGCUCACGAUGCUCUGCUCACGAUGCUAUGCUCACGAUGCUAUGCUCACGAUGCUCUGCUCACGAUGCUAUGCUCACGAUGCUAUGCUCACGAUGCUAUGCUCACGAUGCUCUGCUCACGAUGCUCUGCUCACGAUGCUCUGCUCACGAUGCUCUGCUCACGAUGCUAUGCUCACGAUGCUCUGCUCACGAUGCUCUGCUCACGAUGCUAUGCUCACGAUGCUCUGCUCACGAUGCUAUGCUCACGAUGCUAUGCUCACGAUGCUCUGCUCACGAUGCUAUGCUCACGAUGCUCUGCUCACGAUGCUCUGCUCACGAUGCUAUGCUCACGAUGCUAUGCUCACGAUGCUAUGCUCACGAUGCUAUGCUCACGAUGCUCUGCUCACGAUGCUAUGCUCACGAUGCUAUGCUCACGAUGCUCUGCUCACGAUGCUCUGCUCACGAUGCUCUGCUCACGAUGCUCUGCUCACGAUGCUAUGCUCACGAUGCUCUGCUCACGAUGCUAUGCUCACGAUGCUAUGCUCACGAUGCUCUGCUCACGAUGCUAUGCUCACGAUGCUCUGCUCACGAUGCUCUGCUCACGAUGCUAUGCUCACGAUGCUAUGCUCACGAUGCUAUGCUCACGAUGCUCUGCUCACGAUGCUAUGCUCACGAUGCUCUGCUCACGAUGCUCUGCUCACGAUGCUCUGCUCACGAUGCUCUGCUCACGAUGCUAUGCUCACGAUGCUCUGCUCACGAUGCUAUGCUCACGAUGCUAUGCUCACGAUGCUCUGCUCACGAUGCUAUGCUCACGAUGCUCUGCUCACGAUGCUCUGCUCACGAUGCUAUGCUCACGAUACUGUGCUCACGAUGCUCAACUCACGAUGCUCUGCUCACAAUGCUCUGCUCACGAUGCUAUGCUCACGAUGCUCUGCUCACGAUGCUCUGCUCACGAUGCUAUGCUCACGAUGCUAUGCUCACGAUGCUAUGCUCACGAUGCUAUGCUCACGAUGCUAUGCUCACGAUGCUCUGCUCACGAUGCUAUGCUCACGAUGCUAUGCUCACGAUGCUAUGCUCACGAUGCUCUGCUCACGAUGCUCUGCUCACGAUGCUCUGCUCACGAUGCUACGAUGUCACGAUGCUCACGAUGCUCCCCACUUCGAGCGUAGCAUCGUGAGUCUAAGGGCGUGGGUCUCAGAGCGUGGGUCUAAGGGCAUGGGUCUAAGGGCGUGGGUCUAA